AUGAAGGACCACGUGAUUAGACUCUUAGCUUCUGACCCUUCCCAGCUGAGUGAAGAUGACCUCCCCAGUGACUUACAGUCCUUGUCGUGGCUGACGUCUGUUGAUGUUCCUCGGUUACAACAGAUGGCCAGUGGAAGAAUGGAUUUUAGCCUUGGUGCCCAGAAUGCAAUGCUACAACAGACAGGUCCUGUGGCAAGCAAUAUGCACUCGACAGGAGCACCUGGAGCAAUGAUUCAUGUCCAGGCCAGCCUGCCACAGGGAAUCCUGGGACUGAAUUCUAUUUCAACACACGGAGCAAAUAUGAGCCAGUAUGCUGUAGGUGGGCAGCCAUCUCCUGGUUUACAAACACAGCAACAACUCUUUCCUCCUCCUCAUUCACAGCAAGUGUUUGCCCUAGCACAGAACACACAACAGUGUAACCCAGCAGCAAUCUACAACACAUCCUAUGGGACUCAGCCACACUAUUCUCAGCCACGCCUGGCUCCUCACUCUGCCCAAGAACUGCAUCCAAAGCAUUACCCCAAGCCGAUCUAUUCAUAUAGUUGUUUGAUUGCAAUGGCGCUGAAGAACAGCAAGACAGGCAGUCUCCCAGUGAGCGAGAUCUACAGCUUCAUGAAGGAGCACUUUCCCUACUUCAAGACAGCCCCUGAUGGCUGGAAGAACUCUGUGCGCCACAACCUGUCUCUGAAUAAGUGUUUUGAGAAGGUGGAGAACAAGAUGAGUGGCACCUCUCGCAAAGGGUGCCUGUGGGCUCUCAAUCCUGCCAAGAUUGACAAGAUGGAAGAGGAGAUGCAGAAGUGGAAGCGGAAGGACUUAGCUGCUAUUCACAGGAGCAUGGCUAACCCAGAGGAGCUAGACAAGCUGAUCACUGACAGACCUGAGAACUGCAGGCGGGCCAGCAAACAGGCAGAGUCUGAGGUCUCCACCCUGAACCACAUGGCAGCAGCCCAAGGCCGAAUCUCCAUCUCCCAGCUGCAGCCUCAGCCGAUCAUGACGCUCUCGCUGCAGUCCAUCCCCCUGCAUCACCAGAUCCAGACCCAGGCUCGCAUCGCCCCAGACUCACCAGCACCAGCACAAACGCCUCCUCUCCAUACUCUGCCUGACAUGAGCCACAGCCCUCUUCCCCACCAUCCCAUGGGACGUGCACCUCCGGACUUCCUGAACAUGACAGCAGACAUGAACGCCGAGGUGGAUGCUCUUGACCCAAGCAUUAUGGAUUUUGCAUUGCAAGGUAACAUAUGGGAGGAAAUGAAAGAUGACAGCUUCAGCCUUGAUACCUUGGGUGCCUUCAGCAACUCCCCGCUCCACCUCUCAGACUGUGACCUGGGCACCCCUGGCCUCACCCCUGUCUCCAGUGGCAGCAAUCACUCCUUCUCAGACUUGCAGGUCACCGGCCUUUAUACCACUUACACGACACUGGACAACGUAGCGGCAGCUCAGUACAUGAACACCCAAGGCAACAAACCCAUCGCUCUGCUCUGAGUUUUGCACCAUUCCAUGGACCUCUGACUCAGGGGCCAGUUUCUCCCAGCUGUUAAAAUCUGACCUGAAAGCAAUAAAAGAGCUCCUUCUGCAGACGCGUGGAACGUGAUGGCUAUUUACUGGGACACAGCAUGUGAUGCCAAAACAAAUCAACCUGUUGCUAGUAGAACCACUUUCACCCAAGGCAAGACUGAGGAAUGGGCACGGAGACUUGUGUUGCAGGACUGGUGAGCUCUUAAGAAGGACCUGGAAGGCAUCAGUCAGCAGGAACUUUCACUAGAAUGUAACUGAACUAAGAAUAGUCCGGUUAAGGUAAACACAUUUAAUUGACACUGUGACCUGGACUUACAUGCGGACACUGUUGGGUCACCACCUAUGCAGAAGCCAAUACAAGUCAACGGGCUGGUCAGCACCAAGUUGGAGUCCAAAAUGGUUGAUGAUGUACCAUCCUUUUUUUCUUAAAUUGCCAAAUAACUAUUGCCCUUGAACAAAAACUACAGGCAGUUUAUGGAGGCACUUGCACCACUAACACUGUUCUGACGUAACUAUUGUUAAUUUAUUGUUAUGAAGUAGGAAAAAUGGAGCAAAAAUACUAAAAAUGAAAAAUCAAACCCAUAGCAGGCAACUGUUACAUCUAGGUUUAAAAACAAAGUCCUUACCCCGUGAAGGAAGUGGUACUGCUGAAUUAUUAAACUGAUUGCUGGCUAGAAGAUUUUAGGAAUUGUGCCUAUUUUUAGGAUUUUUUAAAAGAAGAUUAGAUUUGUUUAUAGUCUUGUGUAUUGUGCUUCUGUCUAUUCUUGUGCUAGGCAGUAUUACUAUUUGUAAAUUUAUUUAUAUUUAUUGUUAUGAAGAGAAAAAAUUAUGUAAACUGAGCACUGUUCAAUUUUUUAAAAUGCUGCAGUAACCUGUUUUACAUCCACUAAAUUAUUCAUAAUCAAAAAUGCAACAAUUUUAGUCACUGUUGUUACACUACAUUUCUUUUAAAUAAGCACUUUUGAUACUGUGAAAAUCAUGUUUUUUUAAAGAAAAUUCAGAGACCAAAUAUUGUAACUGUACCAUACCAAUUCACAAUAGUCUUUCUUUCCUAAUUAACCAAGUAAAAUUGAUUCUAACCUAGCUUUUUUUAAAUUUUCAAGCCCUGAUUUAUACUUGGUAACAUACAUUGCAAAAAACAUGAUGAAACAUCUGAAAAUAUAAAAAGCAAACUGUAUGUUGGAAUUUAGCAUUUAGUUUACUUAUACCUCUGUGACCAUGAAGUAAUAUUUAUAUCUCGUGAUUUGCCUGUUCCUGUGCAUUAAUAGAAUUUCCCAGUCUGUCCUUUCCCGGUAUUGUAUCCACGUGCUCACAGGCUCCUCUCUCCCACACCAGUCUAUGUGCUGAGAACCCGGAGGGUGCAGGACACUGGAGCCACCCCACCGGGGCACCUUCUUGCCAGAAAAUCACUGUUGUGAAGAUCAGGGGCUAGAAAAUAUCUGUGCCUGUAUCUUCCCCAGUGCGUAUGUCGACAGCAACCUCUUCCAAAAGGGCAUGAUGCUCUGCGUCAUAAUUUAUUGUUCAAGAACAAAUGUGAUUAAUGAUCAUUUGC